CGGCUUUUACAUAACCGGAAAAUGUCAGUCGUUGUUCGACCUUUUGAGAGUGACCACUGCUUUCUCUCUCACUAUCUCGCGUUCGCCAACUCUGUCUUCCUUCUUAUCUCUGUGUUCGACGAAAAAACCGUAUGAUUUCCUAUGGAAUUUCCUUGAGGAUGUUGAGUAAAGUGCGGUUUCCACUAGUGUCGUAGAAAAUGUAGUGGGAUAUUGUGUUAUGAGAGUGUUAGGUGACUUAAGUGAUGCUGGAGGUAGAUGUUGGGGAAGGACACGAGAUCCCGCUAUGAAUAUCCUGAGACGAAUAUGGAGUGAAUUAAGUGAGAGAUUGAGACUAAGGCGAGGACGCGGUGACACCAGCGAAGACGACGAAGGUCUUCCGCAUAGCCCAUGCAACUCACCAACUGCCUCCGAUGGACUCCUUGUUGAAAAGACUGCAAAUAAAGAUCUCCCUACGAAAUCACAUAGUACGUGUAGCGAUGGAUCGUUACAUAGUAUGGGUAGUUAUGAUGAUGACGAAUCCUUUGAAUACGUGCAAUCAAGACAUUCCUCGAAAUUAUCGUUGCAUGAUAAGAAAGAUUCGGACUCAGAAUUCGGACUCAGUUCUACAGCCUCACCUCUUAACCAUAGCGCAGCACACCAUAGAGUAUCGGUAAUGCCAAAAAGGACACAUGGAGCGCCGAGAAGAAAACGAACGCAACAGCUUUCCACGGCACUACCAGUCACACCAGAAGUCAAUGAAGAUUCGUCAAUUAGAAGUACAUCACCAGAAGUACAUAAAAAAGGUGCCGUAGAUAGCAAGUUGAACCGAAGCAAGUCGAAUGCCGGGAGCAAGUCGCAAGACCUCUUCUCUCAGUUACCGGAAGACGCCAACGAAAAGGAAGAGAAACUCUCCCUAUUCGACAGGAUAUUCCCGAGAAAGAGCGGAAGGAAGAAGAAGAAGGAAGGGAAAGAGAAAGCUGACGAGCAGGUUGUUGAGAGCUUCGAGCAAGCAAGAGAAACUUCCAGACAAGAAACCGUGACAGACUCUGGGAAAUCAUACAUGGAGAGUUCUUCAAUAGUAACAAAAAAAAUAGAAACUUCCAAGCCGAUACCAGCCCCACGAUCUGGGGCAGCGUUGAGACAGAGGAUGAUGCCUAUGGACAUAACUGAAAAUUUGGACGAACCCAAGAGAGAGCCUGUUCUUCCAAAAUUAUCGCCUGAGCCGUCUACGAUUGAAGGUACUUCCCCGCUACAGGCUGAAUUGGAGAGUAUAUUUAAGCAAAGACAGAUUUCCACGAGUCCAACACCGUUUCCAAGAGUUGCAGAUUCCUCGCCGUCACCUAAAAGUCCUGCUUCCCCACGAAUAACAAGAAAUCUUCAAAGCCCCAACAUACCAACUGUGAUAUCCUCCAAAUACGAUUACUCCCAAGUAUCAAGGCACUCUACCAACAUGAGAUUUACCGAAACAAAAGUAAAAAGUGACGAAACCAGACACAAAUUAAAAAUGCCAGCUCUGUCCUCUUUGCAACAACGUGUCUUAUCUCUAAAUGAAGAAGACAAUGAGAAUAGCUUCAUGUCGUUGACUGAUCUUCAAACUGAGAACAAACCUUCCCGACCGAUCUCUAAGUCACACAGUUUUAAAGCUGUAAAACAUCAGCCUUUCAGCCCUGAAAGAACUUAUGAAGAUGUUAAAAAUAAGACAGCGAACUUUUUGGACUUAGAAAAGAAAGAAGACAGUAAAAUUUCUUUCACCAAAGCUGCUUCCUUGGAUAGUGUAAAAAACUUCGACGAGACAAUGCAUCUAUCCGAGGUCAAGAUAGAACUGAAGAAAAAACCUUUGAAUUUUAAGACUGAAGAAAAACAAUUAGAAGUUUCUUCUAGCCUAGGAGAUUCCUCUAUAACUAUUUCAGGGCCAAGUCAUACAGCUGUUGUUAAUGUUACCAGCAAUGUUGAUGACUACAAUAGUUUGUCGAAAAAUCAAACUUCCGAACACAUCGAUGGCUCUACAACUAUAUCCAUUAAAGAACAACAGGUUUCUGUUACCAAAAUACAAGUCAAACGAGAAACUACUCAAGUAACUCAGAGUUCUAUUACAGUACCGGAGUUUAUGAACAAACAACUCAAUAAAGUUGAAAUCAAACCAUCUAGCAAUAUUGUAUUUUCAAUGAAAUCACCCAAACCAGCUGAAGAACAAAACAGACCUAAGACUUUGUUUAAUUUUGAUGUAGAGACUGAUGUGACUGCCAAACCACCUACUCCUAGGAAAUUCAGUAAGGAAAACGUUGAAAUUAUCGAGAAAGACACAUCUUCGCCUAAAACUUCUCCAAUUAUAACGGUGAACUCUCCUAUUAGAUUGAAGAAAAGUGAUUCUAGGAAAUCUUCUAUUACUUCAAAUACUUCAAAUGUAGAGUCACCUGUAAGGGAAAGAGCUGUGUUUAAGAGUAAAUCUGCAAGCUUAGAUUCCUUGAACGAUACAGACAAGUCAUCGCAAGAUAGUCUGGAUAAACUUGAAGCAAGAUAUAAAGAAAAGGACAGUCCUGUAAGUGAAACCGUUGUGUUACGUAGAAAGUCUGUAGCAACAAAGAAGAAUGAAGAGGAACCAGAACUAAUGAAAGUUUUCGCAAGGCGUUCCUUAAAGAUUAAAGACAGUGAUGUUGACGCUCUUCAAGAUUCUUUAAAAGACAUGAAAGCUAGAGAUAGCGAUAAAGAAAAUCAAAUCGAUUCACCCGUAGAAGAACGAAAGAAAUCGGAGAGCUUCGAGACUCAAGCCAUUGAAAUUAAGACCAAGAUUGAAGAGAAACUAGAGGUUAAGUCUCCAGUUAAAGAGUCUUCAGUUGACAACAAAACUUCCCCGGUCGUUUUAAGAAGGACUCUAAACAAUAAUGUAUUUUUGGGACAAAGGGCUGUGACUAUCAAUGCCACGAAGAAUUCCGAUUUAAUAAUCAAGAAGCAGAUGGGUUUCAGCGAACAUAGAAAGACCGACCAAUGGAUUUCUAAUAUUAAAAACGAAGAUGCAAACAUGAAAGAAGACGAUUUACUGAGUAACAUUCCUUCAGAUGGAGAUUUUAUUAUGGAACCUAAGAACUUUAGUCAGAGAAAGGCAGAAUGGGAGAAGAGGGCGCAACAGGCACAGAAAAAGACUACCCCUUAAAUUGGGUACCUACCUACACGUGAAGCCACCACUCAUCUUCCAUUUUGUUAUGGUUAUGUUUGUUUUUAUUGUAAAUAUAUUUGUUUAUACAUAUGUAGCAGUCAACAUCACAAUUUUGUUGAAAAAUUGUCUUUUUUAUUGGUUAGUUGGUGCCAUUGUGAUAAAACCAGCAUUUAUUAUGUGUAUCUUGUUUUAAAUGUAGAUAGAUAAGUGCCUUUUUACGAAGAAUUUUAUCUAGAUCCAAAAAGAUUGUUAAAUCACAGACAUGAUCAAAAAGGGGAGUUCAGUAAGUGAUCAAACGACAGAGACAGUGCACAUGUAUGUCAUCCUUUCUUAGUUUUAUUUUUUAAUACAUUUUGAACUGUAUAUUGUUCCAAUAAGUAGUGCAGAAAUAAUACAGAACUAUAGAAAUACUCAAAUCAUAGCUUUGAAAUACAGAAGUUUUUCAAAGUUAUGUUAAAAUACAUAAUACACAGCCAAUAUUUGGAAAAUGUAGUAUCCAAAUCUCAGUACUUGGUAGUUUACAGGUUUUUUGACCGUGUAGGUAAUGUUCAAGUCUGGCAUGAAUAUCAGUUGUUUGAAUUUGCUAGAGGUUUUUGAAAAAAGGCUGCAGAUAAGAUAAUCUUCAUUGGUUAGCUUCUUUUAUUGAAAAUAUUAACAGUUAUUAUUUUAGAUAAGAAGUACUAGUUCUAUUCAAAUCGAGAACCGAUUCAUACUUCAACCAUUCGGAUAAUAUGCCCUGAAUAUUGUUUUGAUUAAAAGUUAACUUGUUUUCAUACCUUCAGCCCAAAAUUACACAAUGUGUUUACAAAAUCUACUUUUAUUAUAGCGGCAACUUAAAAAAGUGUACAGAACAUUGGUAACGAUAAAUAUCAUCUCGGCCUACUCUGAAUCUGCUUUGGAUUGGCUGUAGUGAGUCAAAUUUUUGUAGCAGUAUCUUCGGAAAUGGGUUUAAUUCAAAUUUGGCUAUGCUUUAGCUGAAGAAGUGAAAAAUUUUGAAAGGAAAAGAUUGCGACAAAAGUAAGAUUGUUCGCAAUUAAAUUUUUGUGUCAAAAGUUGCUUGUGUUGAUUGUAAAAAAAUUUCUAGCACAUAGAAAUGAAAAUUUGCUGAAAAAGUGGUAAAAAUAAAUGUUUGAAUAUCUAUUUGAGAAUUGAAAAAACUUUCCAAAAAAUUGGUGUACAAAUGUACCAAAGUGACAAAAGGCGAUAAACGUUUAUCUCCAAAAUAAAAAUAAAUAAAGUAAAUAAAAAUUUGAUAGUUUUUUCAUGGUUUUGCAUAAUAAUUAUGCAAUCCUCAUAUGAACAGAAAAUUUGAAUCUUUUCAAAACUUAUCUGCGUGGAAAACAUAUACAGGUGCUGUCACGGUACCUACAAAAGACUUUCAAAUUCACUAUAAAAGAACUAAAAUCAAUUAAUUAGAUGUGCCAGGGGAAUUUUUUGAAUGUACUACAAAAGAGACAUUUUUUAUUUAGUAAAAUUUGUUUGUCAUUUAAUAAAUAUAAAUAAAAAUAUUGGUCAUUUAAUAGAAUUUUCCUGUAUUGCUAAAAAAUGUUUCAAAUAUCAUAUAAAAAACUAAAAAAAAAUUAAAUUUUGGUUUUUAAUCAAUUAUAUUAUAAAUUCUAGAUAUAAAAAAGCAUAUAUCAAUUUGUUUUACAUUAAAACAGUAUUUCAUUGAUUUUGUGGAUUUUAUCAACAUAAAAAAGAAAAUUUUGUUUAUUUAAAUUGGUUUAGAAAGUUUGUUUGCUCUUCUAUACUGUAAAAAAAUCAGCUAUUUAUACAACCAAGUAUAUUUUACGCAAUAAAGGUUUGAAUUAACAAAAAUAUCCAUAUUUUUUACUAAUUACACAAGCAUCCUCUAGUAGGAAAUUUAAUUGCAAAAAAUUCUACUUCUAAACAUUGGUAUCAUACUUAUGACACUUAAAAAAAUAGUGACAUCUAACGACAAAUUUUUAACUACACGUUUUCCUGAUUUCCCAUAACUUUUUUAGCUGGAGCACAUUCAAAUUAUAGUAAAACCAACCUUUUGUGAACAUUUCUAUAAAAAUCAUUGGUCUCAAUAUAACCAACUUAAACUAUUACUGUAUAAAUCCCGACUGGACUUUCUUCUUCUUCUUCCUUUGCCCUAUCCGUUUCGGACUAUUACUCCUGGCUAUUAACAAGGCUAUUUUGACUUUGUUUACGCCACCUCUAAACAGUUCGGUCGAUGUUAGUCCGAACCAUUGUCGCAGGAUAUGCAUCCAUGAGUGUCGUCUUCUUCCCGGUCCCCUCCUACUGUCGACUCUUCUUUGGACUAUUAACUGUAGCAGCCGGUACUUAGUAUGCCUCAUGACAUGUCCGAAGUACUCAAGCUUCCGUUUCUUUACGGUGAAGAUUAUUUCUUAGCUUUUGCCUAUUCUCUGCAUUACUUCCACGUUAGUGAUGUGGUCUGUCCAGGAUAUCCGAAGAAUACGGCGAUAUUUCCACAGUUCAAAGGUGGCUUCCGUUGUGGUCCAUGCCUCUGCUCCAUAGUACAAGACCGGGAAGACAACACUUGACCAGUCUUAAUUUUAGUUCCAUUGAGAUUUUGCUUGUGAACCACUUUUUCAUAUCGUUGAACGCGUUUCACGCUUUUUCAAUUCGUGAUCUUAUUUCUGUUGACUGGUCCCAUUUUGUGUUGACUAUGGUUCCAAGGUAUGUGUAUGUCUUCACUUGUUCUAUUUUUCGGUUGUUUAAUGUCAAUUGCAUCGGAGGUUGUUGUGUUCUGCUGAUGAGCAUGCAUUUAGUUUUGGUUGUAUUGAGUUCUAAACCAUAUUCUUGACUUGCUGUGGGUAUGCUUUGCAUGAGUCUUUGAAGGUCGUUGCAGUCAUUUGCGAUAAUAACUGUGUCGUCAGCAUGUCUAAUAUUAUUGAUUACCUCUCCGUUUACUUUGAUACCCUCCGAAACUUCUCCCAGUGCUUCUCUGAAGCACUGAGCGCCGAGAGGACGCAUCCCUGUUGUACACCCUUUUUAAUAUCUAUCUUCCCACUGUGUAAGUUGCCCAUCUUUAUCUCAGCACUUUGGUUCCAAUAGAGACUGGUUAUUAUGCGCAGAUCCUUGCCAUCAAUAUGCAUCUUACUGAGCAUUUCCAUGAGUUUAUCAUGUUUGACCUUGUCAAACGCCUUGGAGAAGUCGAUGAAGCACAAGUGGACGUCCUUGUGCAUGUCUCUGCAUCUUUGUAUUAAAACUUGCAGACUGAAGAUCGCCUCUCUUGUGCCCAAUGCGCUUCGGAAUCCGAACUGUGACUCCGAUAUAUUUACUUCGCAUUUGUUAUAUAUUCUAUUGUGUAUGAAUUUGGCCAUUCCUCUGGAAUCUCCCCUUUAUCGUAAAAGAUGUUAAAAAGGCCUGUCUGCCUGUGACCUGGUGUUUCGCAUAGGACUUUCUUAUUAGUCUUCAUUACCUUAAAUGGUAAUGAUAGUAACAACUGCCAGAGAAAACUAAAAACAACUACUGCAAACGCCCACCUAUCUCCUGCCACACUACAAUUUCUUAUGUGUUCUGUACGGCUUAUUGGAAUAAUAUAGUUUUCCUUUUUGGUAGUUCUGUGAUGUGCAAGAAUGUUGACCAAUAUUUGUGAAGAGCCUUGAUGGUGGUGCUUGAGAGAGAAACGAUAUAUUUGUCAGAUUAUUGAAUUUAAUACGUUUAAGUAUCACAGAAAGCAUGUAAAGUUGGAUACUGUUUAAAAUGAUAUUGAAUUAAUGUUGUUCUUGUAUAAUAAAACAUAGAUAUUGAUAUUUAU